CAAACUUUAUCAAACAUGGAGAGCGAAGAGAAACAAUCCCACGAGAAAGAAGAUGGGAUUAAUGAUAUAAAGGGUUUCAUACUUCAUAAAGACUGGAAAUUUGAUUGGCAUGUGCUGUGGACAAUUCCAGAUGGACAACAGACAGAGAAAAAAGCUGCAACAGCUUGCUCUUUUGCUGCUUUUACGGGAUUAAGUGCUUGCCUCAUGAGAUGCUAUCUUGGGCCAGCUGAGGGUACCAGAGUAGCACUUACUGCUCUUCCAAGUCUGGGAUUAUUUGGCUCUGUAGUUGGACCUAGCAUUGUAUCAGCAGCAACCUAUGUGUAUGUUACAAGUUAUGCUGCUGAGGUAAGAGGAAAAUCUGAGCCCAUGAACCAUUUCUAUGGAGGUGCAGCUGCUGGCGCUGUUUACGGACUCAGGCACCUGAACUUCAAGAAGGUAGCAGUAAGGAGUAUAGGUUUUGCAGUAGUGGGAAUGCUGGCAUCUGAGUUGUCAACUCUACCAGGUUUUUCACGUUUUAGAGGAACCUCUAAAAUAAGACAACAUUACCUUAGUGGCAAUCGAUGGAGGACACCUUCAAACAUCAACCAUGAUUGAAAGAAAGAACUAAGCAAACCACCUGACAUUGUGACAUGGAUUUUUAAACUUUAACACUUUGAAAGAACGUUCUCUAGUGCUUUUUUUAAUUUAAUAAAGCUUUACUGGAGAUUUGUGUCAGUUGUAGAUUAUAUCAGUAUAUGUGAAGUAAUUGAUUUGAAUGAAGUUUCAAAAAAAUUAAUUGUGUUUCAAAAUAAAACUAUAAAAAUAA